CAUAGGAGGGUAAGUCGGGGCGGCCUAUAUCCAAGAUAAGUAGUGAAGAUGGCAGCGAGUCGUUCUUCAAGACCGCAAUGCGCAUCGAACUCGAAACUGCCGAGGGUAUCAGGAAAAGGAUAUCUACCGAUACCCCCGUCAAAAGAGCUGCAAUACCGGAAGAGGCAACGGAAAAUGACGUCGACUUCAAAAUGCCAGUCGUGUCAACGAAAACUUAUCAAUUAAACAAAGGAAUUCCUUCGCUUCAUGUCAGAAGUCCAUCGCCUAGGGCAGUUUCUCCGGAUAGACUCAGGUCGCCAUUCUUCCAAAGAACUAGGAUAAAUAAAGACCUUGAGAAGCCUGAUUCUGUUUUGGACUUUACUAAAGCGUUGACCAUGAAUAAAAUAGCCAAGACCCUGGUAUCAAAUCAGAAAACAAGGUUACAGCGAUUAGAGGAAUCGGGAAAUGUUACAAUAAAUUCACCACUCAAAAAAUUUAAUCCCAACCUUGUCAAAGAUCAUCUGUACAAGAUACUGAAAAACAACCUUAAAAACAUAAGUUACGAUCCAAAAUUAUGCCUUCUAUUGUCAAAGUCACUCAGCGAGGAAACUCGAGACGCAGUCAAAGCGUUAAAGUUUCCUAGAUACAAAUUUGUUUCCGUAGUAACCAUUGGACAAUUGCAAAGUUCUACUAUAUCAAUAUGCAGCAGAUCUUUAUGGGAUUGCAAUACGGAUAAUUAUGCCUGUGCUGAAUACAGAAAUGAGACGAUCUAUGCAGUUGCUACGAUCUACGCAACUUUUCUAGACUGAGAAGUUGACAAAAUCUUUUUUAAAUAAUCCUGGUCACGGCGCCAAUUAGCAUUUUCAAUGUGUCGACAACAGAAGCAAAUGAUUGUAGUGAACAUUUCUAUAGAUGGUUAAUUAGACUUUGUAACUUCAAUUCAGUUUAUAUAAUAAAUAUUUUUCAAGACUAGAUUUAUUAGUGAAUUAUUUGCACUUCUCCUUUUUUACUACAGUUAUAAAGCAAACAUUCAUAAACAACAUUUAUUGAAACGGUAACAAUUAAUGGAAAAAAAAAUUAAUGGA